AUGGAUGCUACUAUCUCGGCCACUCGCUCUGAUGACACCUCACGUCUUAAGAGUCAGAUUGGCCAUUAUGCGGCCUUCAACACCAAGGAUCACCCGAUACGUCCAGCUAUAUACGACGGAAGUGGUUCGCGUACCCACAUGGGUAUUAACCAUCCUGUUCUAGCGCGCUUUCUCUGUCCGGUCAGGGAACUUGAGAGAUUUUCAGAGGACGCUGACGAGGCACUUAAAGACAUUCAGUGUGGCAAGAUUAACUUAACUGCAUGUGCACUUCCCGCACUUCUAUGGGCCGGUGACCCACCAGGUAAAGACUAUGAUGACGACAACAUGUUCAAAGGCAUGUUUGAUGGCUACUUAUUGGAGCGGGUAAGCAUGUUUUUUAUAUGCGUUAUUUCAUAUUGA